CUUCGUCGUCUCCUUCGCAGAUGCGAAGAGAAGUGGGACAGAUAAAAGAACAAGCUGGAAUUGUUUGGAUCCUGGUGUUUGAGCUGGCACUGACUUCUUCAACACCGAGAGCCUCUUUAUUAAAAACAGCAUGAGAAAGCAGAGGGUGCUGACCUCUGUCUCGCAGCUACCUUUUUCUGGUCUGGGCCAGGGCCACUGGCAUUAUACACGCAUUAGAGAAGCCAAAAGUGCUAACGAGAUGCCUAAUCGGCUUCUCUUUGCUUGUAUCUUUUUGCUCUGCUCUGCUACUGCUACUACUCUGGUCGGGAUUGUGGCAUUGUGCUGGUGGUGAAUGGUGAUGGUAUUGGUAGGAAAGGGAAAGAGAGCACUGAAUGCAAUGCCCGGAAGGAGAAGGAAUAAUGAAGGAAAAAAAAAAAAGGAAGAGAGAAGGACAAAGGCUGGACCGAGACCACGUGCUUCCUCCUCUUGGCCAUUAAUUACCCGUUCACCGGCGGAUCUUCCCACCCAUUUAAUACCACCCUCCCCAAUAAUAAGCCGCUCACCUACUACGCUCGUCUGCCAUUACUGAUGCCAACGGCCACGGUGAAGGCGGUGACCACACUCCGCCCUCUUCACCCUCGCCUUUCCUCGCGAAUGGAGUGAACCGCAGUCUGAAAAUGAGGAACCGGCUCUGCCUCGUUGUAGUCGUCGUGGCGCUCUUUUUCUCGUCGACUGGGGAGGCGCAGACGGCGGCGGACGCGGAGAGGGAGGUACUGCUCGAGUUCAAGGGAAACGUGACGGCCGACCCCGGCGGAGCGCUCGCUUCCUGGGUCGUCGGGGGCGACCCCUGCCGCGACUUCGCCGGCGUUUUCUGCAAUGACGCCGGCGCCGUCGUGAAGAUCGUCGUCCACGGCGCUGACCUCGUGGGUGUUCUCCCGGCUUCUCUCUCCCGCCUACGGUCGCUCCAGAUCGUGUCUCUCUUCCGCAACCGGUUCUCCGGCGGGGUGCCGGCGGAGUACGCUGCUAUCCGGAAUCUCCGCAAGCUCAACGUCAGCAGCAACCUCCUCUACGGCGGCGUCCCUGGGUUCUUGGGUGGCCUCCCCGGGCUCCGCCUCCUCGACCUUUCCUACAAUGCCUUCUCCGGCGAGAUCCCCACCGCCCUCUUUAGUCAGUGCCUGAGGACGCGGUUCGUUUCGCUCGCUCACAAUGCCCUUUCUGGUUCGAUUCCGUCGGACAUCGCCAAUUGCUCUAGUCUCGUUGGAAUCGACUUGUCCUUCAACAAUCUCACGGGAGAAUUCGUCCCUCAGAUCUGCCAGCCUCCAGCCAUCAACUACGUCUCCGUGAGGCAGAAUUCGCUAUCGGGAACAGUCGCUGACAAGGUCUCGAUGUGCCAGAGCUUGGAGCUUUUCGACCUCGGGAGCAAUUCCUUCACCGGAAUGGCGCCUUUCGAUCUCCUUACCCUGCAAAAUCUUAGCUACUUCAACGUGUCGUCCAAUCAUUUUCAAGGGGAGAUUCCGGAGAUCAGCGUUUGCAGUGCGAGACUAGGGUUCUUUGAUGUCUCUAGCAACCAGUUGAGCGGUGGAAUUCCACAGAGCAUCACAAAUUGCCGAGGGCUGAGGUAUCUGGACGUAGGGUUCAACAGUCUAAGCGGAAGCAUUCCGCCGGAGAUAGGGAACAUGAGGUCUCUCUCUGUUCUUAGGCUAGGGAACAAUGCCGGCAUUGGAGGAUCGAUUCCGGUGGAAUUUGGGGGCAUUGAGCUGCUUCAGAUUCUGGACGUCCACAAUCUUCAGCUUUCUGGCGAGAUCCCUGUUUCACUCAGUCAAUGCAGAUUCCUUCUUGAGCUGGAUGCAUCGGGCAAUCGCUUGGGAGGGGGAAUCCCAGAUACCCUCAAUAACAUUACCUACCUCAGAUACCUAGACCUUCACCAAAACCAGCUCAAUGGAAGCAUACCCUCAACUCUGGGACAACUCACAUAUCUUGAAUACCUUGAUUUUUCCGAGAAUCAUCUGACUGGAAACAUACCAGAACCUCUUCGAGGUUUAACUUCGUUGAGGUUCUUCAAUGUUUCUGACAAUAAUCUAUCUGGACCCAUUCCAUCAGCAUCUACAAUCCAGCAGUUUACCAAUAUGUCAUUCUUAAACAACCCAUUGUUAUGUGGCCCUCCAUUGAGUACCCCCUGUUCUUCAAGCAUCUCUCCUCGGAGAACAAGAGUAUUGGCCACCCCUGCAAUCAUAGCAAUCGUUGCAGCUGCUAUAAUAUUGAUUGGUGUCAUUGUGGUCGUCGUCAUGAAUAUCCGGGCAACUAGGAACAGGGAAAUCCAGGAAGAGAUCUUGGUUUCUGAGAGCACUCCUCCAGCUUCAACAAACUCAAACGUGAUCAUUGGAAAGCUGGCUCUUUUCAGCAAGAGUUUGCCAUCUAGGUAUGAAGAUUGGGAGGCAGGAACCAAGGCAUUGCUUGACAAGGACUGCAUUGUCGGUAGUGGAUCAAUAGGAACUGUGUUUAAAGCCACAUUCGAGGGUGGUGUUUCAAUUGCAGUGAAGAAACUCGAGAGACUUGGCAAUGUCAGGAACCAGGAAGAGUUUGAGCAGGAGAUUGGCCGUCUUGGUAGCCUCAGCCACCCAAAUUUAGUAGCAUUCAAUGGUUACUACUGGUCAUCCACUAUGCAGUUGAUUCUGUCUGAGUUUGUUCCUAAUGGAAAUCUGUAUGAUCAUCUCCAUGUUUCACGCAAUCUGAACUCAGGCAGUACUAGUAGUGGUGGCACGGGUGAUUUGUUCUGGUCUAGGAGAUUCAAUAUAGCUACUGGAGCAGCAAGGGCUCUUGCAUAUCUUCAUCAUGAUUGUAAGCCCCAAAUUCUACAUCUUAAUAUCAAGUCUACAAACAUACUACUAAAUGAAGAAUACGAAGCUAAGCUAUCUGAUUAUGGACUGGGAAAGCUGUUACCAAUCCUAGGUAGUUAUGCCUUGACCAAGUUUCACACAGCAGUAGGCUAUGUUGCCCCAGAAUUGGCUUCACAGAGCUUUAGAUAUAGCGAUAAAUGUGAUGUCUACAGCUUCGGGGUGGUUCUAUUGGAGAUUGUUACUGGAAGGAAGCCUGUGGAAAGCAGAGGGGCAUCUAAGGUGGUGGUAUUGCAGGAUUACGUGAGGGGUAUUCUGGAGGAUGGAACUGCAUCUGAUUGUUUCGAUAGAAGGCUGAGGGGUUUCUCAGAGACUGAAUUGAUUCAGGUUCUUAAGUUAGGGUUAAUUUGCACUGUGGAAACACCAUCAAGGAGGCCAAGUAUGGCAGAAAUUGUGCAGUAUCUGGAAUCGAUCAAAACUAAUUCAUGAUCUGACUCUAAAGUCAAAUCUAGAAUUGGAUGCCAACUUAGUGGAUGUAUAACUAAUUUAUGAACAAGCAACUGCAAGGGACCCAUAAAGUUAGAAAAUAUGAUUCUUUUUCCAAUUCCCAAUUUGUUCUUUGAUUACACUUGUGAUUGUAUUUUUAUGAGACCAAGAUUUUUCUUGGAGCGGAGAUGAUUUUUUCAUUUGAGGGAAAUUGUUUAUGAAACUCUUCAAAUAGGAGCAAUGCUUUAGACCAUUAA